AUGAGGUCGCAAGACAUAUUAGUAUUUUGUUUCAUACUUGGGUCAUGUCUAGUUAGCACUGCUUACGCGGAUUCUAAUGAUAAACGGGCCCGCAACUUCCUCGGAAAGCGAGAUUCGGCGGAUACAAAAAAUGAGGACGAUAAGUCUGUUUUGAACAAUGAUGAUUUCGUCAAGAGAGUCCAGGAAUAUCUGGACCAUAAUGACUUUUUAGAGGACGGGUUGGAUGAAGACAAACGAGGCCCUAGUUUCUUAGGAAAACGUGCUGAUGAUAUCGACGAGGAAAAACGCCGGCACAGCUUCAUAGGAAAACGCCGGCCAAGUUUCCUAGGGAAGCGUGGACCACACUUUUUGGGAAAACGUGGCCGAUAUUUCUUAGGCAAACGCGGGAGAUAUUUCCUUGGGAAACGCGACGGUGACGACGAAGACAUGGACACUUUUGACGAAGAAAAGCGCAGGCUUUUCCUGGGCAAGCGUGCGGAUUUGGACGACACGGAAUUCGGAGACAUGGAAGACGAAAUGGAAAAACGGCGUCUGUUUCUCGGGAAGCGUGUGAGCAGGAACUUUAUCGGAAAGUAA